AUGACCAAUUCACAUGUUGCUGGGAACGCAAAAGCAAAUCACACUCGUGAUGAGGAUGAGUUCAGAUUCUCAUGGAAACCGCUAUCAAACUUUCUGAAUAUCCUCACACAACCGUCUCCCGAUCAGUUUGAGCCCAUCUUCCCACUACCCUUUCAGCCUCGCUCGGUCAUGCGACAGGUCCAGCCUCAACUGGAUCCUCCAUCCGCAGCUUUUUGCAGCACAGCCGGUACAAAGUCGUCUCUCUUUGAGACGGCAUCCCUACCGCCAACCAUCCAAUUUCCCGCCGAAGAAGACAUCACCACCGUCAACUCGCUUGCCUGUUUGCCUCCUCCCGCAAAGCCGCCACUUCUGCCCUCCUCCCUUCUCCCUCCCCCCUCUGGUACCGCGUUUCCCGUGGCAACAGAUGCCCUCCGACAUCUCUGCAUGCCCACCAACCGAUUAAUCUCGUCCAUCUCCACCUCCUCUUCUACCUCCUCAUCAUCUUUCUCGUCAGCCUCACUGUCGCCCAAAUCGUCACCACCUCUCGUCAGCCCCGGCUUCCCAUUCGUCCCGCUGCAACCCAAUCGUCUCGCCACACUCGCCCACUCGGAACCAACUCUGGCGCCUUCCUGCGACUCGGCGCCACCUGUUGCCAUGCGCAUGGACAUUUCGCACAACCAGCCAGUCUUUCCGUCAACAUGUCUUCCUCUUGCUUUUCACUUCCAGCCUCCCUCUUCUACCAUUUCAUCCACUUCCUGUCCAGUCUCAUCCUCGUUGACUGGCUCACAUCUUUCCGGUCAGAGCCAGACUGCACACCAGCUCACUUCAUACACACCCACAACCGGCCACUUUGCCCAUCUGCCCUACCCCUACGGGCCGGACUUCAGCCUCUUCGGUCACUUUGCUCCUCCGCUUUCCUCUCCCCCGGAGACUGGCCCUCCCAGACCGAGCCUAUUCCACAAGACUUUUCCCACAUACUGCCCACCUGUGUCUAGCUAUUCACUCAAAUCGCUCGGCCAAUCGCUGCCUACAGAAUCCACCUCUUCGGGUCAGCAGCAUUUGCCUCCAUCCCACCAUCAUCCACCAACUCAGCACAUCCACCUUCAUCACACCAGUCAACCACACCAUUGGACUCGCGAGAUGGACAUACAGACUUCGACGGCGUUGUUUCACAAUCACAAUCACAAUCACACUCAUCCUCAUCUUCAUGUUCACAGUCAUUCACAUGCUCAACUCAACACACUCACACAGACCCCGUUUGCCCACAUCCAUUUGCCCAAUCCGCCCAGGUCACAUCCCCAGCCGCUGCCAUUAUCUCUGCAAAUGGCGCUGCCAUCGCAACUAACCCAAGCGUCGCUGACGCAUUCGCAACCACCGCCACCACCACCAGCACCAGCACCACCAGCACCGCCUGCACCAUCGGGCUUGAUUCAUGCCUUCCAGCAGGGCCAACUAGGGUCGACUCCUCAUCAGGGAUUAGGGUUGCAGCGCAACUUGUCUACAUGUGGUCUGCCAGCAGCAGCAGGCUUCUUGGGACAUACAUGCCUGACGACAGGAGCAAUGACCGGCGCCAACCUCGCAGCUGGACCUUUGGUCGGUGGUCACAAGCGGAAUAGGAAACGUCGGGGCAUGCUGCACGAGGCGAUGGGUAGAUAUUUCUCUGUUUGUGUCGUGAUAAACAUUGGCAGCAAAAACAAUACCAAAACAUAUUUCAUCACGAACAGGGUUUAA